AUGAAGGUCACCGUAGCCUCCAUGGCCACGGCCAUCACCUUGGGCGCCUCGACCGUCCUUGGUGCCGCAACCAACCUCAAGGCCCGUUCUAGCGAUAUUACCCCCAUCACUGUUAAGGGUAACGCCUUCUUUAAGGGUACUGAACGUUUCUACAUGCGCGGUGUCGACUACCAGCCCGGUGGUUCCUCCGACCUCGCCGAUCCGAUCGCUGAUGUCGAGGGUUGCAAGCGUGACAUCAAGAACUUCAAGGAUUUGGGCCUGAACACCAUCCGUGUCUACUCCGUGGAUAACUCCAAGGACCAUGACGAGUGCAUGGAGGCCCUCGCCGAGGCCGGCAUCUACCUCGUUCUCGAUGUCAACACUCCUAAGUACUCCAUCAACCGUGCCGAUCCCGAGAUAUCCUACAACGAUGUCUACCUCCAGUACAUCUUCGCUACCAUGGAGAAGUUCGCCAAGUAUGACAACACCCUUGCCUUCUUCUCCGGUAACGAGGUCAUCAACGACGGUCCCUCUUCCAAGGCCGCUCCUUACGUCAAGGCUGUCACCCGUGACAUGCGCACUUUCCUCCGCGCUCGCAAGCUCCGCCAGGUCCCCGUCGGCUACUCCGCCGCUGAUGUCAACACCAACCGUCUCGAGAUGGCUGAGUACAUGAACUGCGGUACUGAUGAUGAGCGCUCCGACUUCUUCGCCUUCAACGACUACUCCUGGUGCGACCCCUCUUCCUUCACCACCUCCGGCUGGGACCAGAAGGUGAAGAACUUCACCGGAUACGGACUCCCCCUAUUCCUCUCCGAGUACGGCUGCAACACCAACACCCGUGAGUUCAAGGAGGUUAAGUCUCUCUACUCCACUCAGAUGACCCCCGUCUACUCCGGCGGUCUCGUCUACGAGUACACCGAGAACAACAACAAGUACGGCCUCGUCGAAGUUGACGGUGAUGAUAUCACACUUAAGGAUGAUUACAAGGCUCUGAAGAAGGCCUUCGACGGUACCGACAACCCCACCGGCAACGGCGGCUACAACUCCACUGGCGGUGCCUCUGGCUGCCCCAAGAUGCAGAAGCCCAACUGGGACGUCGACUCCGAUUCUCUCCCCGCCAUGCCCGCCCCCGCUAAGAAGUACCUGACCGAGGGUGCCGGUAAGGGCGAGGGCUUCUCCGGCAAGGGCAGCCAGAACUCCGGCACCAAGUCCGCCGGCACUGCCACCCAGGGCUCCGGUGAGGUCGCUGCUGCCACCGGCACCGGUUCUGCUGCUUCUAGCACCAGCUCCGAGGGUGCUGCCGCUGGCCUCAAGCCUUUCCAGUUCGGCUUUGCCACUGCUUCCGUCGGCCUGGUCACUGUCCUGUCGACUGUGUUCGGUGCCAGCUUCAUCCUCCUGUAA